AUGGUUUCUUCGCAUGGCGUAUCUGGCAUGCUGGGUGAAGAUGGCAUCCACGUCGACAUGAACCACCUGAAGAGCGGAGAGGUCAACUUGGGAACUUCGAUCAUGGCAAUCAACUUCAAGGACGGUGUUAUUCUCGGUGCUGAUAGUCGAACAACCACCGGAGCAUACAUUGCCAACCGAGUCACAGACAAGUUGACACAAGUGCACGACACCAUCUGGUGCUGCCGAUCGGGUUCCGCAGCCGACACCCAAGCCGUCGCAGACAUUGUCUCUUACCAUCUGAACAUGUACGGUGUGGUCAACAACGAAGCCCCCAGUACCCAGGUGGCAGCCUCUCUCUUCCAGGAACUUUGCUAUGAGAACAAGGACGCACUGAGUGCGGGUAUCAUUAUUGCGGGAUACGAUCCACGACACGGCGGCCAGGUAUACUCCAUACCACUGGGAGGAUCCCUACACAAGCAGUCGUUUGCGAUCGGCGGAUCCGGCUCAACCUACAUCUACGGUUAUACCGAUGCGCAUUGGAAAGAGCAGAUGACAGAGCAAGAGGGAAUUGACUUUGUGCGCAGUGCUCUGUCAGAGGCUAUCAAGUGGGAUGGUAGCUCUGGUGGUGUGAUUCGAAUGGUUGUUCUGACUAACAAGGGUGCUGUGCGGCAUCUGUAUCUGCCGGACAACGGCUACACUGGGCCCGGAGUGACAAAUUAA